CCAAGAUGGCUGCUCCCUUGCGCUGUGCUGGCAUCGUCUACUACAGCAGGCGCUCACACAAUCAGUGGCAUGUCUGGCAUCAGCAGUGUCAGGCUGCAAGCAGCCACAGCCAUCCGAGAACACGGAUUGAUAAGAUCCUCAUCGCAAACAGAGGUGAAAUCGCCUGCAGGGUUAUUCGUUCUGCUCGGAAGCUCGGCAUCCGCUCUGUCGCUGUCUAUAGUGACGCCGACAGCAAGGCCAUGCAUGUUGCCAUGGCUGACGAAGCCUAUCGGAUAGGUCCAGCUCCAUCGCAGGAAAGCUACUUGAGAAGAGAGAGGAUCAUAGAGACUGCCAAGAAGUGCGGAGCCCAGGCUAUUCAUCCGGGCUACGGCUUUCUUUCGGAAAGCACAGAGUUCGCGGACAUGUGCGCCAGCUCCAACAUCGUUUUCAUUGGUCCCCCCGCGUCUGCUAUUAGAGAUAUGGGCAUCAAGAGCACAUCAAAAGCUAUCAUGUCAGCAGCUGGUGUGCCCAUUGUUGAAGGAUACCACGGUGAAGAUCAGUCCUACGAAAAACUCCGCUCUGAAGCUGCCCGAAUUGGCUACCCUGUCAUGGUUAAAGCUGUACGAGGUGGAGGAGGCAAGGGGAUGAGGAUAGUCAUGACUGAAGCGGAUUUUGACUCUCAGCUUGAAUCUGCCAAGCGUGAAGCCAUGAAGUCGUUUGGAGAUGAGGCGAUGCUGAUAGAAAAAUUUGUCGCAAAUCCUAGGCACGUGGAGGUGCAGGUGUUUGGCGACCAACACGAUAAUUACGUUUACCUCUUCGAGCGAGAUUGCAGCGUGCAGAGGCGGCAUCAAAAGGUCAUCGAAGAAGCUCCUGGACCCGGAGUCACGGAAGAGACACGACGAAGCAUUGGGGAAGCAGCAGUCAAAGCAGCACGAGCUGUUAAGUACGUCGGUGCUGGAACUGUAGAGUUCAUUAUGGACCCGGAUCAAAAGUUCUACUUCAUGGAGAUGAACACACGCCUCCAGGUUGAACAUCCCAUCACGGAGAUGAUCACGGGCACUGACCUAGUCGAGUGGCAGAUCAAGGUAGCGUCAGGAGAACCCUUGCCUCUUAAGCAAGACCAGCUGAGGGUGAAUGGUCAUGCGUUUGAAGCAAGAAUCUAUGCCGAAGAUCCGGACAAUAAUUUCAUGCCGGGAGCUGGAAAUCUGGAUUAUCUGAGAACACCUGAUCCCACUCAGGUGCGAAUAGAUACUGGAGUACGUGAAGGGGAUGAAGUAUCUGUUCAUUACGACCCCAUGAUUGCUAAACUGGCUGUCUGGGGACCCGACAGGCUGACUGCCCUGCGGAAACUGCAUCAGUCACUAGCGGACUACACCAUUGUAGGACUUCCCAACAACGUGCCAUUCCUGAUGCAACUGGCAUCCCACAAGGAUUUCCAGGAAGGCGAUGUGCACACAGAGUUUAUCCCACAACACAAGGAUGAACUGUUCCCAAAACACCGUGUUGAUCCCCAUGUCCUGUGUGCGUCUGUGGUCUCUCUAAUUGCCCAUGAAAGAGCAAGCUACAUGGAAAACAACAUUGAAGAUACCAUGCUUGCUUCCCGUGAUCUUCAGCUUCCAUUUCGGAUCAAUUCCAAUUGCAAGAGGAAGUUCUCAUUCACGUGUGGGAAAGAAGAGUAUCAAGUGAUGACAACAUAUCUUGACUAUGGGUCCUACAGAAUGGAGUGCAGUGGUGAAACGUACGACGUCACCGGUCGUACUACAAUGGACCGUGGUGUGAUCAAUGUUGAAUGUGAUGUCGGGGGAAGCAAUCUCAAGAUACGAAGUGUCUUGCAUGACGGAACUCUCCAUGUUUAUACCAGGGAUGGCUGCCACCACAUGGCAUUGCCUAUACCCAAGUACCUGAGCGCCUCCGAUGAUCUUUCUAACUCUGGAGGUGAUGCUGUGGCUCCAAUGCCAGGAGUCAUAGAAAAAGUCUUUGUCAAGGAAGGAGAUCAUGUGGCAGAAGGGGAUCCCCUCAUUGUUAUGAUUGCAAUGAAAAUGGAAUAUGUCAUCAAGGCUUCAGCCGACGGGACUGUUGAGAAGCUGUUGUACAAAAUCGGUGACAACGUGUCGAAAAAUGCGCAUCUCGUCAAAAUAAAGAGCGAUGAACCCAAGGAAGCUUAGGUAAUGCUAGACACCAACUAAUGUGUAGCAGAAUUCAGGAGUGACAUUGGGCUUGAGGACCAUUGCACAUCAGAUGGACGGAGCUCAACUUGUGCUGUGAUGGAUGCAUUGCAGGCAUGUCAACUAGGAUUGUGGCUACCAUCAAGCGUGCCAUAUUUGUACAUUCUAGGGAAACAAAUUGAUGUAACAUUGCGAAGACCACGUAUGUUAUCAUACGCAUAUUAGAGCACAUAUUAUGUUUUACUGUAUGUAUGUUUGGAGCUUGUUUAUUCUUUUUUUUUUUUCUUUUCGAUCCUCAAUAUUUAUCACUGGAAUAUUCUGUUCGUUGAACAGAAAGCCUAGCCGGAACAGGAGUAAAUUCAUGUACAGAAAGUCCACCCGGUGGAUUACUGAACAGUUCAUUUUAUUCAUCCAGAAUCCAUGCACAAAACAGGUCGCUCUUCUUCGCUUUGUAUUUUGCGCACAUUACCUAUUGGAACUUCAAGUGUAUUGUUGUGCGGUGGAUAAGUAAAGAUGAGUCUCGGCAUAGGAAGGUCAAACAAUGUGUUAAUUUAAUUGUGAUAAUGUACUUGAGAUUAAAUUUAUUACUUAGCCCCUGUU